AUGUGCCUCAUCCUCGGCGUCGCGCUGAUCCUUCUGGCGGCAUCGGCGAUCUACUACUAUGCUUUCGCGAUCCCGAGUAGCAUCGACAACCUGGAUCAACCACUGGCUGCGAGUGCAUCCCAACAGCAGAAGAUGCAUCAUGAGGUCGGUGAGCUGCUGGGUUACCUUUUCUUGGACAUUGAGGAAGCAAUGGCUUUCACGGCAGCAUCGGGACUCUCGCUCCUUGCCUGCCUUUUCUUCGGGACUGCGCGGCUGCUUGCGCCCGUGUCAGAGUGCCGCGAGGCCGGCGUGGCCCAGGAGUAA